CCCCCUCUUUAAUUCUGCAAAUUCCUGUGAUCUAUUACCGUGCAGUGACUUGUUUGUUCAGUUUGAGACUACUUCGUGUAUGCAUAGAUGUGUUUUGCUGAUCUAUGAGCAGUAGACCGUGGCCUGUAACCUCAGAUUCAUGUGCGUAUGUUAACCUGUUACUCUGCCCCUUGUCCUCUACAAUUGUUUCUUUCCUAUCUUGAUUACUUGCUAGUUCUUAUAUUCUGUUAAUUCGUGACUUUGCUCUAUCCUUGUCCCUAACCAUUGCUUCUGUCCCAAACUUAAAUGUCUGCUUGUGCUAUGACUCGUGUUGUCAUUUAAAUGAAAAACAUAAAAAAAUAUCAUUUAGUUUCAGAUCUGUCUUGUCUUGACGUUGUGAGGUUUCAUCAUUCAGUAGUACCAGUUAGUCUAUUCAGUUUACUUGCAAAUUCACCUUAUUUGGUUACCUAGAUUUAGCUGAGCAUAAUUGCCGUUGCCUAGUCCCUGAGGAGAAUACGACUCGCUGUUUAUUGGGCAAAUAUUUGCACUAUUCUACAGUAUAUCAUUUUGGCGCCGUUGCCGGGGACUAGCGUCGAGUGUUUGUGUUAAGUUAAAGACUAGGUUUAGUGUAGUUUCAAAUUUAGAAUUUCUCUCUCAUUUCUCUUUUCUUGUUAGUAUUACCUUUCUAUUUAUCGUUGCUUCGGCUUAUAAGGGCACUAACUUUCUCACUGUGAAGGUUGUUUUAGUUGAUGUUUCAGAGUAAUAUUGUUUAUGUUACACAGCCUGAGUGAUUUGUUGCCUUACGACCCUGAGAUUGAGAGAACACUGAGAAAGAGAAGGAAAGAGAAUUGCAGUAAGUCUGACAAGAUGGUCAACGGAGGAGAUCCAAAAACCUUGCGGGAUCUAUGGAUUCCCAUCAAUCAGAAUGCAGGAUCAAGCACAGUUCAGCCGAUGAUUCAGGCUAAUAAUUUUGAACUCAAACCAGCCCUUAUCAACAUGGUUCAGCAAACAAGAUUCAGUGGUGCUGCAACCGAAGAUCCUCAUGAGCAUAUCAUCAACUUCCUUGAGUAUUGCAACACAUUGAAGUGCAAUGGUGUGCCCCCUGAAGCUAUCAAGUUGUCCUUGUUCCCAUUUUCAGUCAGAGACGGAGCAAAAUCAUGGUUUCAUUCUCUGCCUAUUCAGUUCAAAGAUACCUGGGAGCAUCUGGUACAGGCAUUUUUUGAGAGAUAUUUUCCUCCAGCUAAAGCAGCAGAGUAUAGGGACAAGAUAACCAGGUUUGCACAAUAUGAUGGAGAGAGCCUCUAUGAAGCAUGGCAUAGGUUUCAGGAAUUGAUUCGUAUGUGUCCUCACCAUGGCCUUGAGAAGUGGUUGUUGUUUCAGACAUUUUACAAAGGUUUAACCCAUCAAACAAGAAGCUCUGUCGAUUCUGCAGCUGGAGGUGGAAUAAUGCACAAGACGUUAGAUGAAGCUUUUGAGCUGAUCGAAAAUAUGGCAUCUCAUAAUUUUUCCUGGUCCAAUGAAAGGUCUGUAGCACCUCAGAAUCCUGGUAAACAUCAGUUGAGUGCCAGUGAUAGUUUAGCUGCUCAGGUAGAAGUGUUGAACAAGCAAAUGGCCAGGUUAUUAUCUCAAGGAAACUCUUCAUCCAUUGCUGCAGUACAAGACACUCAGGGAUGCCAAAUCUGUGGACAAAUCGGGCACCAAACUGAAGAAUGCUCAGUAUUUACAGUGGAUCAAACAACAGCUGAAGUAAAUUAUGCUCAGAACCAAGGGCCUUAUUCUGCUGGAUAUAAUCCUCAAUGGAGAAACCAUCCUAAUUUGUCAUACAAGAAUAAUCAACCUCAACAACAAUUUCAGGGAAAUUCAAGUAAUCAGAAUUACAAGCAGCAAGCUCAUAAUCAACAAUUCAACAAGCAACAUGUUAGCCAAGGGAGUAGCUCUCAAGGCAUGGAAGAGAUUAUCAAGAUGCAGAUGGACUUGAUGAACAAAAUGAGUAAUGAAAUGGGAAGUAUGCAAGAUUCAGUCAAGAAACUGUCGUCCACAAUGGAAAGCUUUGUGGCAUUCCAGACAGCGAAUCAAAAAGAAGCAAGGCUGCCCUCUCAAACUGAAGCUAAUCCUAGACAAUGUGGUGCUGUAACUGUCAGUACAACCAGUGAAGUAAGCGGAGUGACCACACGAGCAGGAAGGUCUACGACUGUUUUCGACAAGCAAUCAGAGAAGACAGGGAUCUUGCCAAGGCCAGUAACAUAUGUAACACCACAAUUAAGAAAGAAUUCCAGUGAGGGUGAAAUUCAACCUAGAUCAGUAAAAGAGACAGAGAAGGACAUAGCUCCAAAAUCGAACACCUUGCCAGUUAAAAUUGUUAAUCCCCCAAUGAACAAUACAAAGGAAGCAGCAACAUCUUCCACCAUACUGCCUGAAGCAAUCCAAAUGAACAAAGUACCAUUCCCUGAUAGAUUGGAGAAAAGCAAAGAAGACAAGCAAUUCAACAAAUUUCUUGAAAUAAUGAAGGAUGUACAAGUCACUAUUCCGGUGCUUGAUGCAGUCCUUCAUGUGCCUAUGUACGCCAAGUUUUUCAAGGAUUUGAUGAGCAAGAAAAGAAGCAUUGAUGCGUCAGAAGUUGUUACACUAACAAAGGAAUGCAGUGCAGUCAUUCAGAACACCUUACCUCAGAAACUUGAAGACCCAGGGAGUUUCUGCAUUCCAUGCUUAAUUGGAAACAGAGUAUUCAAUGCACUGUGUGAUCUUGGCUCAAGUGUGAGCGUGCUGCCUCAUUCUGUUAGCCAAAUGAUGCCCUUAGGGGAUCUUAAAGAGACAAAUAUGACAUUGCAAUUGGCAGACAGGACAUACAGGAAACCUGAAGGGAUAUUAACGGAUAUUCCAGUAGUGGUUGGUAAGUUUGGAUACCCAGUUGAUUUUGUGGUCUUGGAAAUGGAGGACAAUGCUGAGGCAAUCAUUUUGGGAAGGCCAUUUUUGGCAACAGCAGGAGCUUUGAUUGAUGUGAGAGGAGCCUCCUUAACUUUAAGGUUUGGUAAAGAGAAGGUUGUUUUCGACAUGAGACACUCCACACAUAUACCUCAAGGAAAAGAAUUAUGCCAAAGGAUAGACACAAUUUAUGAUUGCAUUUCUCAAGAAUAUGAAGGGGUCAAGGAAUUCUCUACACCCACUAGUAAGAUGGUCAAAACCAAUGAGAUACAGGAUAUAGUACCUUUGUAUGGAAUCACUAAGGUUGCAGACGAAAAUGGCAAAGAAAUUCCAAAAGAAGAUGUGGAGAUCCAAGUUGAGCUUAAGCAACUUCCUUCCCAUCUCAAAUAUGAAUUCCUUAACAGAAACAGAAACCAUCCAGUAAUUGUCAGCGCAGAUCUGACUGAGGAACAAGUGCAACAGUUGUUGCCUGUAUUGGAAAAAUACAGAAAAGUCAUUGGAUACUCUAUCGCAGAUAUGAUUGGCAUUAGUCCUUCAAUUUGCACUCAUAGAAUCUUCCUUGAAGAUGGAUGCAAACCUACAAGAGAACAUCAGAGAAGGCUCAAUCCCACUCUUCAAGAUGUGGUUAAGAAAGAAAUUUUGAAGUUGCUAACUGCAAAAAUUAUCUACCCCAUUUCCGACAGUGAGUGGGUUAGCCCGAUCCAUGUUGUACCAAAGAAAGGAGGGAUAACAGUUGUUGAAAAUGAUCAUUUUGAGUUAAUACCAACAAGAAUUGUUAAUGGUUGGAGGAUGUGCACCGAUUUUAGGAAGCUGAAUAAAGCAACAAGGAAGGAUCAUUUUCCUUUGCCUUUUAUGGAUCAGAUGCUGGAAAGGUUAGCUGGAAAGAAAUAUUUUUGCUACCUAGAUGGGUAUUCAGGCUUCCUUCAAAUACCUAUUCAUCCCGAAGAUCAAGAAAAGACAACAUUUACUUGCCCUUAUGGUACGUUUGCAUACAGGAGAUUGCCAUUUGGUCUGUGUAAUGCCCCAGGAACAUUCCAGCGUUGUAUGACCGCUAUGUUCUCUGAUAUGACUGAAAGCAUAAUGGAAAUCUUCAUGGAUGACUUCACUGUGUAUGGGGAAGAUUUUCACACUUGUCUGGUUAAUCUUGAAAGGGUUCUCCAAAGAUGCUUGGAGAAUAACUUGGUGCUCAAUUGGGAGAAAUGUCACUUCUUAGUGAGAGAGGGCAUUGUCCUCGGUCAUCUGAUUUCUGAAAGAGGCAUUGAAGUUGACAAAGCAAAAGUUGAAAUUAUAGCCAAGUUACCAAAACCAUUGAAUGUUAAAGGAGUCAGAAGUUUCUUGGGCCAUGCGGGAUUUUACAGGAGAUUCAUUAAGGAUUUUGCAAAAAUCGCCAAGCCAUUGACAAAUUUGCUCAACAAUGGUGUGCCAUUUAAAUUCGAUGAGCAUUGUGCUAUUGCCUUCAAUGAAAUUAAAUUGGCAUUGGUAUCUGCACCCAUUGUGCAACCCCCAGACUGGAACCUUCCGUUCGAAAUGAUGUGUGAUGCUAGCGACUAUGCUGUUGGUGCCGUGUUAGGCCAGAGAAAGGAAAGAGGACUUCAUGUGAUUUCUUAUGCAAGCAAGACUCUCGACAGUGCUCAAGCAAACUACACCACUACUGAAAAAGAAUUGCUAGCAAUAGUUUAUGCCUUUGACAAAUUCAGAUCAUACCUGGUGGGAACUAAAUGCAUUGUGUUUACUGACCAUGCAGCCAUCCGGUAUUUGCUCAGCAAGAAGGAAGCAAAACCCAGACUAAUAAGGUGGAUCUUGCUACUACAAGAAUUUGAUAUAGAAAUCAGAGAUAAGAAGGGAGCCGAAAACCUUGUUGCAGACCAUUUAUCAAGAAUUGAAAGCACUGAAUCAGAUCUUGUACCAAUCAAUGACUCUAUUCCUGGUGAGCAGCUAUGUGAAAUUUCACAGAUAAAAGGAAAAUCACCCUGGUAUGCUGACCUUGUUAAUUUCCUUGUCUGUGAUAUUAUCCCUCAUUCAACAACUAAACAACAGAAGAAAAAGUUCAGAAAUGAAGCUAGGAAUUAUUUCUGGGAUGAGCCUCAUCUUUACAAACAUUGUGCUGAUGGUAUCUUGAGAAGGUGCUUGCCUGAGAAUGAAGUAAGACAAGUUAUCUAUCAUUGCCAUUCUUCUUCCUAUGGAGGGCACGCUAGUACAGCAAAAACUCAAGCUAAGGUUUUACAAGCCGGUUUCUUCUGGCCAACUAUUUUCAGAGAUGUUCAUGAUUUUGUUAAGGCAUGUGAUGCUUGUCAGAGGACAGGAAAAAUGUCAAGGAGACAUGAAAUGCCGCAGCAAGUUAUUUUGGAAGUGGAGCUCUUCGAUGUCUGGGGGAUUGACUAUGUAGGACCCUUACCGUCAUCACAGGGUUACAAGCAUAUUUUGGUAGCUGUUGACUAUGUUUCCAAAUGGAUUGAGGCAAUACCAACAGUACAAGCUGAUUCCAGGUCUGUUUGCAAAAUGCUCAAACACACCAUUUUUCCAAGGUUUGGUAUACCAAGGGUCGUGAUCAGUGAUGGAGGAGCACACUUCAAUAACGCCCAACUUCAGAAUCUUUUUAAGAAGUAUGGGGUUCACAAUCACAGGGUCACUACCCCCUACCAUCCUCAAGCAAAUGGUCAGGUGGAAUUAUCCAACAGAGAAAUUAAGCAGAUUCUCGAGAAAGUGGUUUCAAAAUCCAGAACGGAUUGGGCAGACAAGUUGUCUGACACCUUAUGGGCAUACAGGACAGCCUAUAAGACUCCUAUAGGUAUGUCUCCAUUCAGAUUGGUGUAUGGGAAAGCAUGCCAUCUUCCAGUUGAACUUGAGCACAAGGCGCAUUGGGCCGUGAGAACACUUAACAUGGACAUUGAUGCAGCUGGGAACCAGAGGAAGCUGCAGCUUAGUGAACUUGAUGAGAUACGACAUGAUGCAUAUGAAAGUUCAAGGAUAUACAAAGAAAAGAAGAAGAAGAUACAUGACAAACAUAUUUUGAGAAGAGAAUUCUUUCCGGGAGACACAGUGUUGGUGUAUGACUCUAGGUUCCAUUUGUUUCCUGGGAAAUUCAAGUCGAGAUGGUUUGGGCCUUGCAUUGUCAGAAAAGUUUUACCCAGUGGAGCAGUAGAGGUUCAGAGCCCAUCACAGGGCAAUUUCACAGUCAAUGGACAACGUCUGAAACAAUACCUUGCUGGGGAAAAGAUUCCAGAAAUUGAGGAAGAAGAGUUACCUAGUUGUGAGCAGAAGGAAGUAUGAUUCAUCCAACAUCUUGGUCCAGCUAAUGACCGUAAACAAGCGCUGUCCAGGAGGCAACCUGGAGCUAAUUUUUCCUUUUAUUUUUCCUUUUCCUUUUUUUUAGCCUUGUUCAGAAGAUAGCACAAUCUGGGAAAGGAGCUUGAAGAUCAGAAGUUCAUCAUCAAAAAAAAAAAAGUGAGCGAUAUUACUUCCUUUUAUCUUUGUUACCAUGGAUACUCUUUUAAUGUCUCAUUAAUUGGAAAUUGUCUCUCUCAAGCUUUAAUUUUGUUUUCGAGGAGUACUGCUAGUGUAUGCUUUAGGUGCAAUUCAGUAUAACCCUACAACUCUUUAUAUGUAUGAUUAAGCAUUACAAUUCUGUUUACUGCUAAUUGGAUUCUUGUAUUUACUAAAUGCUUAAGCCUGAAUGAUCCAGAAAGAACCUUGUUGAGAGAAUCUUGAUUAUUCUAACCUUGUCCUUCGAACCAACAAUCACUGAACCUAGUUGGGCAUCAUGAUCUCGGGAUCGGUGUUACCUGACUAUGGGAACGUGAUUGAGUGUUUUUGUUGUUUCUAGUUUCAGAAAGCUUUCCUUUUCUCACUCCUGCACUUAGAUGGAUCUCAUGGUCUCGGGAUCGGUGAUUUCUGACUAUGGUGAAAGGAGUGAAUCUUCUUUUAUAAUUCUUCUUUUCUUACCCCUUAACCUAGAUGGAUCUCAUGGUCUCGGGAUCGGUGAUUUCUGACUAUGGUGAAAGGAGUGAAUCUUCUUUUAUAGUUUUUUUUUUCUACCCCUUAACCCAGAUGGAUCUCAUGAUCUCGGGAUCGGUGAUUUCUAACUGCGGUGAAUGGAGUAAAUUUCUUUUAUUUUUAUUCUUCUCUAAUCAUCCAACCUAGAUGGGCACCAUGGUCUCGGGAUCGGUGAUGCCUGACUAUGGGGAAGAUGGUUAACCUUUCUGAAAAAUAAAAAAAAAAUGAAAAAAAAAGAAGAAGCUUGUAUCAAUGAUUACAGUAAUGUUGCGUUAUAAUAGAAAAGAAAAAAAAAUGGAUGUUAAACCGGAGCUAUUGACAAGGUCUCAGUAUAAAUGACUUGGGAAGUUGUAAAUGAAGCCUAAAAUGUUUGAAAUCCUCUCUCUGUUUUCUUUUCCUUUUCUGCACUGGGUUUAGUACAAUGUUAAAACUUAUCAGUUCUCUCUCGACAACUAUUUCUGCUUACUUCAUGUCCUAACAUUUAGCAAAUUCCUGAAUCCAAUUCUUCGUAAACAUCCUUAUAAUGCUUACCUUCCAUACAAGUUGCACACUAGUGUUAUACUGUAUUCUAGCUGAAGCAUGCACCUUGCAGUACUUUGACACUUCUGCUUGAGGACAAGCAAAAAUUCAAGUGUGGGGGUAUGAUAUACAUCAUGUAUAUACCUUCCGUUUAAGGAUUUUAUCAUAUGAUCAUGAAUACUUUUUGGCCUUUAUUACAUUUUACUUGGAUAUAAUUGAUCAUUGUCUACCAAAAGAAAGGUUUAACUAUUCAGUGCUCAUACUUUGUAGGAAUGGGCGAAAAGGCCCUAAAACACUCCUAUUACUUGAUUACUCCGGGAUGGCGCGUUGAAGCAGAUGAACAUAUGGACCAACUUGUGCAAAGUGGAGAGGAAUUCAGGGGGCCAAACAAAAAAACUACCAGAUCAGAUCGGGAGGCUUUUAACCAGGGAGAAAGGCGUGCACUUGAAGGAGGGAGGGAACCCCAGCUUCUUCUCCACAACCGGCCGUCGCUGCGGCUAGGAGGCGUGGAGGCGUGCCACCGAGUCACCUCCACAAGGCCAUAGAUCGUUCCUGGCUCUACGACGCCGGCGGCUCUUCAUCAACGAACCAGCAAAGACGGCGGAAACCAGAAGCUCUUCUUCUUCCUGUGUCCCUUGCUGCUGCGAUUCAUCUCAGUCGGCGACCAGGCGACGACGCGGCCGUGCGGGGGUAAACUGCUACAGGUCUGGGACUUCACCAACUCCAGCCUGAACGACUUCCUCUUCACCAGUCUGAAGUUUGACCUGGGUAGAUCGAAAUCAAACUCUGUCCCCUGUCCCCCUCUUUAAUUCUGCAAAUUCCUGUGAUCUAUUACCGUGCAGUGACUUGUUUGUUCAGUUUGAGACUACUUCGUGUAUGCAUAGAUGUGUUUUGCUGAUCUAUGAGCAGUAGACCGUGGCCUGUAACCUCAGAUUCAUGUGCGUAUGUUAACCUGUUACUCUGCCCCUUGUCCUCUACAAUUGUUUCUUUCCUAUCUU